CUCAACACCGCUUAUUCUUAUGUGUUGCACGGCAAAAUUUUUAAUUUUUCAUGUUCGUGUUCAUUUACUAUAUUUGUUUUAGCAUAAUGAUUUUUGUUUAAGCUUGAUCUCUAUGAUUCUGGAUUAAGCAGUUCAUCAUUUUGGUUAGAGGUUAUCUAUAUACUCGCCAUCUAGUAGGGUGUUGAGAAUAUGGCCAAGCAUCAUCCUGAUUUGAUUAUGUGCCGAAAGCAGCCAGGAAUUGCCAUUGGACGACUUUGUGAGAAAUGCGAUGGCAAGUGUGUGAUUUGCGACUCUUACGUGCGUCCUUGUACACUUGUCCGGGUUUGUGACGAAUGCAACUAUGGCUCAUUUCAGGGCCGCUGCGUCAUAUGUGGAGGGGUGGGAAUAUCUGAUGCUUACUACUGCAAGGAAUGCACACAGCAGGAGAAAGAUAGGGAUGGCUGCCCCAAAAUUGUUAAUUUAGGAAGUGCCAAAACCGAUUUAUUCUAUGAACGCAAGAAGUAUGGUUUUAAGAAACGAUGAUGGUGUAAGAGUGAGAUAUUUUAAUCUGUCUAAAACUGUUUUGUAUGUACUUCCUGAGAUAUCAUAUUAGAACCGUUGGAGUUGAGACUUUGAGCAAAGAACUAUAUUUUCUUAUGCAACUGUUGGUGAUGUAAGUGCAUAACUUGUUUACUUGGAUCAUGCAAUUAAUGGAAUGAUUUGAACAA